UGGUCUGGCAGUGGGUGACUCGGUGACUGCGGCGACCGCAAUUUGGGCAACAUGGGCGACGUGUUGGGAUUUAGUGCGAGCGGACUCUGAGGAGCGUCGGGAACAUGGCGGAGAGUAGCCAGUGGGAACUUUGGCUCGGCAGCAGAGAGGAUCCACGUUGGCAGGGAGCUGUACGCCGGGACGGAGAAGUCUGGAAUGACAAAGAAACUGACAGCUAAGCUAAUUACCAAAAUGUUGGAGUGGGUGGAGAUCAUCGAGCCGCGUACGCGGGAGCGCAUGUACGCCAAUCUGCUGACGGGUGAGUGCGUGUGGGACCCUCCUCAGGGCGUUCGCAUCAAGCGGACCGGUGAAAACCAGUGGUGGGAGCUGUUCGACCCCAACACCUCGCGCUUCUACUAUUACAACGCCUCCACACAGCGCACAGUGUGGCACCGGCCCCAGGCCUGCGACAUCAUCCCCCUGGCCAAGCUGCAGACCUUGAAGCAGCACACUGACGUGACCAACCCCCGUCCCGCGGGGGGAGGAGGGAGAGCAUCAGCUGACAACAGCCCGGGACGGAACAGCGGGGUCAGCCGAGAGGGGAGCACGUCCUCCUCCCUGGACCAGGAGCUGUCUGAAAAACAGGGCAACAGAGAGGAGGCAGACAGGACUUCCCCCUUCAGGUGGAACACUGGUACAAAGGAGCGAAUGCUGAUCAAGGUGACCGACAGAGAGCCCAGUUUCUUGGCCCACCAGGGAAAUGGUUACUCCCCUUGUGACCCCCCAACCCCUGGUGCACCUUCUGGAGGGGGCACCACCUCACGAACCCGGCGCUCCUCUGGAGGAAACCCGCCCACAGAGCCUGACGGCUCCCCCGUUCUCUACGCUGACCGCCGUCAGUCUCCCUUCCUGAAGCGGGCGGAACUCGGCGGAGCUGGCACCCACCGCCGCUCCUCGGCUGACUCCCAGCCUCCCUCGCCGCGCUAUGCCUAUGAACCCCCACUGUAUGAGGAGCCGCCGUCAGAGUACCAGCCCCCUCCCAUCUACGAGGAGCCUCCCACUGACAUGCAGUUCUCUGACUCCUCUUCCUUCUAUGGCACUGGCAAGUCACCAGCUCGCAAGUCUCCCGCCCCUCUCUAUCACUCCCCCAAACAGGGCCAGUCGCCCUAUGGCCAGCUGGUUCUGACCAGGCAGAAGUGUCCAGAAAAGACCCAAAGUCUGGAGUACAGUCCUGUGGGAAAGGAGUACGUCAAACAGUUGGUGUACGUAGAGCAGUCGUCUUCAAGCCCUCGCUUUAAGACUGCUGACCGCCUGCUGCGUUAUGGCACUACGGGGGGCUACGGUGGCUCGUAUGGGGGGUCUUAUACUCUGCAGCACAGCCAGUCUCUGAUCAGGGACCCCCGCCUACUGCUGGACUAUAGUGGAGAGGGUGGAGAGGGAGGCCAGAGGUUGCUUUAUGAGGACUCAAUAUCGUGGACGUCCAGCCAGACACACUCCCUCUCCUCUGGUGGUCCUGGCGCUUUCUCUCCUGGAGGAAACCGCAAACGCAAGAGUCGCAAACCAUCCCUCCCUCAGGAGCUGGCAUACUGUGGGGGCCCGGAGGGGGAGCUGACAGGCACAGCAUCCGAAGCAAUGCUGGCUCAGGCCAGGCUGGCGUGGGAGGCCCAGCAGGUAAUGAAACAGAGAAGCAGUUGGGACUCAGGCCAGGGAGGUGGGGUGGCCCAGAGUGGCAGCUCCAAAGAUGGCUACGAGAGCGACGGGGCGUUGCCUCUACCGCUACCAGGGCCAGUGGUGAGGGCGUUCAGCGAGGACGAGGCGCUGGCACAGAGCGACAGCCACCACUGGAAACGCAGCACCUUUGAUCGGCUGGGCUUCCCUCAGGCCCUGCUGGAGAAAAGCCUCUCUGUCCAGACCAGCCUGGCCUCUCCUGAGCCUUUCCUCCACCCAUCACAGUCGGAGGACCUCGGAGCCUGUGCCCAGUUCGAGGCCAGUCGGAAUGCCAGGAAUAUGAUGCCGAGCGCCAGCUGUGGCAUUUUCCCAGAAUUCACCCUGAGGAAGCCCUCCUCGGAGACUGACAUCGAGAACUGGGCAUCUAAGCACUUCAACAAACACACACAGGGUCUGUUUAGAAGAAAGGUGUCCAUUGCCAACAUGCUGGCCUGGAGUAGUGAGCCCAUCAAGAAGCCGAUGAUCGUGACCUCGGACCGCACGGUGAAGAAGGAGGCGGUGGACAUCUUUAAGCUCAUUCAGACCUACAUGGGAGACCGUCGCUCCAAGGUGGACCCCCUCUCGGUGGCUCUGGAGGUGGUGGUGCGCGGGUGGAGUCACCAGGGCCUGCGCGACGAGCUCUACAUCCAGCUCUGUCGUCAAACCACGGAGAACUUCCGCUAUGACAGCCUGGAGAGAGGCUGGGAGCUGAUGGCCAUCUGCCUGGCUUUCUUCCCCCCCACACCGCGUUUCCACAACUACCUGGAUGGCUACAUCUACCGACACAUGGACCCGCUCAACGACACCAAGGGAGUGGCCAUCAGCAGCUACGCUAAAUACUGUCACAGGAAACUGACUAAAGCUGCACUGACUGGAGCCAAGAAGGGCCUGCAAAAACCCUGUCCGGAGGAGAUCCACCACGCCAGGAAUGCCAUCUUCAGCCCCUCCAUGUUUGGCUCCUCUCUGGAGGAGGUCAUGGUGCUGCAGAAGGAGCGGUAUCCGGACAGCCAGCUGCCCUGGGUGCAGACUCGCCUGUCUGAGGAGGUUCUGGGUCUCAACGGAGACCAGACAGAAGGAAUCUUCAGGGUACCAGGGGACAUAGAUGAAGUCAAUGCCCUUAAGCUGCAAGUAGAUCAGUGGAAAAUCCCCACAGGACUGGAAGACCCGCACAUCCCAGCGUCCCUGCUGAAGCUCUGGUACCGGGAGCUGGAGGAGCCGCUAAUCCCUCACGAGUUUUAUGACGAGUGUAUCAGUCACUAUGACAACCCAGAGGCAGCCGUGAACGUGGUGCUGGGUCUGCCACACAUCAACAAACUGGUGCUCUGCUACCUCAUCCGCUUCCUACAGGUGUUUGCCCAGUCUGCCAAUGUGACCAUCACCAAGAUGGAUGUGAACAACCUGGCCAUGGUCAUGGCUCCCAACUGUCUGCGCUGCCAGUCUGACGACCCCAGGGUCAUCUUUGAGAAUACCCGAAAGGAGAUGUCCUUCAUCCGCGUGCUCAUCCAGCGGCUGGACACCAGCUUCAUGGAUGGAAUCCUAUAGCCCACUCCCACCCCCCUCAACACACACAUACACACUUCACCCCAGCCUCUACACUCCCUUUAACCCCCUCCAUGACAGGCCUCCACACUCUGCCCCAGCACAGGAACAUCAUACAUACAUUGCUGCUGGGUGAAUACCUCACAUCUCCAACAAGUUUACUUUCCUGGAACUAACUAAACUGAUACGACUCUGUCCACUGUACAAACCAGCUGUUUUUCUUUUUCUAUUGCUCUAGACGUAAACUUUUAACUGACAUUUACAGAAGAGAAACACCAGUAUUGGAGUUACAAGGUUUUCAUUUAGUACUGUGUGUGCCUUCACAUACACUAAUCAACUGUACACAUAGAGUAUGAAGAAAUGAGCAGGGAUCUCAUCCUGUCACUGGAGUCAUGUGUUAGUGUCACCGGUUCAUUUUACAUCCAACAUUAGUUUGAAAUGAACUGGGGAUUUUGUUUGUUUUCCCCUGCUCUCUCUCUCUCUCUCUCUCUCUCUCUCUCUCACUCUCACUCUCACUCUCUCUCACACACACACACACACACACACAACCUUGUACUUCUAUCUAAGUGAGGAUACUCCAUUUCUGAUACAACAUCAGGACAUCUGACGACAGUGACUGCCCUUAACUGGCUAUCGCGUCAAAUAUCUCAACUCGAGCGACUGACGCUAAUCGCUCCAUUCACAUCGCCCAUCGUCAGUGACACGAUAUUCUUGUCUAGUCGCGUCUUUGCAUUGACUUUGUAUGGAAUCUACUCACGUGAAUAAAUGGUGUCCAGUCUGAACAAACCAUUAAGGUAUUGUCCCAGAAAUGGUCCUCACAAAGAGUUAAGUACAAGUUCACACACACACACACACACACAUCUUGCACCAGGAUUCCACCCUCUGCCACAUAAAACACCAUCAGAUACAAUCAUGUGUUGAGGUGUCACACACAUCCACAGGGUUCAGCAGCAGAUUCUCACAACACGUGAAGCCUAAGUGAACCAUCCCGUCACCGUAUCACCACAUCAGAUUGAUCAGGCUGAGAACUGACACUGUGUCCAACAGUGUGUGUUCACUGGCAGCAGAGAAUUUCAAACUGCCACAAGUUGUUGGAGCUAAAAACUCCUCCACUGUGGCCCUGACGCUGUGACCACAGGACAGACAGGGAGUUGAGAGAGAGUGAAAGCAUCGCUUCGUUCUGUUAAAUGAGUGUGAGUCUGGCGGAAGGGGCUAAUACUGUGAAGGCUUUGUUAGCCUCUUAGCCCACAAGUGAGGAGAACAUGGACACCUGAAUCACCCGGGUUUGUGUGUUGACUUAUCCACAGUGUCUGACAGACACAUUAUCAUAGACUGUGUUGGAGUUGUUUGUACUGUACACUGUACACAUGUCUAAGUAUGAAGUGAACACAACUUAUUGAGCAAUGGCUUUUCAGUCACGGUGCUUCCUGGCUCACAAGCCCUACAAGUUACUUAACACAGGCUUUCUGCAGGUAUACAAAAGCACGGGACUCAGUUUCCUCACUUUUAGACUAAUGACUCAAAUUACAUCUAAAAACAACGUUUUCUCUGCUGUGGGCACUAAUGUCAGGUAUAAAAUGUUCCUGUAUUGUUUUCCUUAGGCUGUUACCUAUAAAAACUAAAAGUGGGACUGCACACAGCUAAGAAGCUCAUGUUAUCACAACUGGCAAACGUAAAGGAACUUGAAUAAACUAAUCAUUUUUAAUUAUAUAUUGGGAAAUGAUAAAUAAUUCAUCAUCAGUGAUAGAACUUAAGUACGUUAUUUAAGAGAAAAACAUUACCUUUAUGAGUCCUGCUCCGCGCUUGUUCACACUUGUGUAUACUGUUUAUUGUGUGCAUACUAAUGCCUUUCACAUUCCACCUACAUUGCAUGUAGCAGAGUCCAUAAUAUUAGCACAUGCAUGUAUCAAAUCGAAUGUCCAGUGUUAGCAAGUGCAUUGCUCCCACUUUAUCAUAUUGUAUGUUGUUCAACUACAUUACCACUUUAAAGACUAGCACUGGGGCCAACCGCGUUACAUGCUAUUGCUGUUUUUUCCCAUUCAGCCGGUCGGACAAUGGCAUGCAAUGUCACUAUGCCAACACUCGAAUAGCCACCGCUGACAUUCACACAAGAAACACAAGUAGAGAGGAGUCAUGAAGUCAUCACAGUGAUGUGUGGUUAUGUAGUUAUGUAGCACGCAGCAGGGACAUCAGUAGCACACGCUGCAGGUGGUUUUUGGUGUCCAUGUUCUAAUCACCUAACACAGUGGUGGGCCGUCAUGUGACCUGGACAUACAGCCAGGCCCCACAGUGUUGAGUUCCUCCUCCAGACCUGCGCCUGGGCCGACAGAGAAACAGCCAGUGACUCUGGCCUCGGCUCCAUGAUGACAGGUGACUGGGGCAGCACUGCCAGUGAGGAUGCUCAUACUCCCAGAGGAGGGAUUGUGAAGAUGUGCCAGUUUACCCCCCCACCCGCCCAUCCGCCGGUCAGCCCCAUCCCUCCCACUUCACCCGAACCCUGACAGCAGAGAGUCAGUCCACCGUCAUCACUGAGCGACAGGCCUUUUGGCUCACCAACGCUCCGUGAUUAUGUGUCCCUGUGUGCGUGCUCGUCCGUCCUCGGGUCUCAUUGUUUUGUGCUCGUCUCACAUCCACACUUGUCCGUGUCUAUGAGCAGCAGCUGCUGCAUGUUGAAUUCAAUUGAGAUUUGUGCUGUAUUUAACAGAAUUUCUAUGUUUUUAACCCAUUCUUUUGAUAUGAUUUAAUUUAUUUGUAUUUAUUUGAGAUUUCCUUAAUGCCUUGUCCAUAUAUCUUGUUGUAGGCUCCUCUUUGUGUGUGUGUGAGUGUUUCAACACAAGAGCAUUUGUAUGUGUAUGAAUGUGCGGAUUUGUGAUUGAGUGUGUAGUUUUCUGUAUGGUCGGUCACCUGUAUAUUAAUGUAUGACUGUGUGAAUCUUGCUGUAACAUUUGGAUUCAUUAGGGGUUUUUAUUGCAACAAAACUGAAAGGAUGACUGUGAAUGCCUUACAGACACACACAUACAGAGACAGAUGCACAUACACACAGACCAUCCUGAGAGUCUCUCUCUGUGUGUGUGUGUGUGUGUGUGUGUGUGUGUGUGUGUGUGUGUGUGUGUGUGUGUGUGUGCGUGCGUGCGUGCGUGUGUGUUUGUGUGUGUGUGUGUGUGAUGUGCAGCUCACUCACUCUGACAUACACAAUCCAGAUGGAUAACGUGUAUAUUAACACUGUACAGACUAUGUAAAAAUAAGUAUAUACAGAAACAAAAGAGGUGUGACAGUGGAACUUGCUGUGAAAGUUAAUGUAACAAAGUAGGGGUGUGUUGAAUUUUUCUUUUUGGUUUUUAAGUCUUGUUAAAGUGUAAACUUCCCUCACACUGAUAGAGGUCUGCAGGUCGCAGUUUAACUCUCUCUGAACACUUAUCUGUGGACACAGGUCUCCACCCUUUGCACACUUCUCCAGUGUCCGAGUUUAUCCAUUAUUCCUCCAGAAACAAGUCUGAGACUGAGUCCUUCUUGUGUCAUAGAGAUUAUGGUAAAUGGACUGUAUUUAUAUUGCGCUUUUCUAGUCUUAUCAACCACCCAAAGCGCUUUACAGUACGAGUCAAAUUCACCCAUUCACAAAUACAUUCAUACAGUGCUUCUAUACACAGCGCUUUUUCUAUCACAUCGUACCUACACAGCCGUCAGAGGCAAUUUUAGUGUUAAUUGUCUUUCAUAAGGACACCUUGGCAUGUGGACUGGAGGAGCCAGGGAUCGAACCAUCAGCUUUCGGGUUUCUGGACGAUGCUCUCUAACUCCUGAGCCACAGCCUCCCAAUGUGCUGCAGAAAUUAGCUCUUUGUAUCCAGUAGUUGCAUCAGUGUGUUACUGAACCAUGCUGCUAACAUCCUGAACAUCGACCGACUGCCACCUCCUCGGUGGACCACCACCGUUCUCAUAAUCCACCCAGCUGCUAAAUAAAAACUAAGUCCUUACCGGAGUAGGGAUGAAUGUUUUGGUCAACAACACACAAGAGCUCACACAAGAGUCGACAACAGGACAGUGUGGAAAUACAACAGAUGUAUUCAUGUAAUCCUCUACCAGGGUGAGCUACACAAGGAGACAAAUGUUGGACAGCUGUGAGUAAACCUCAGUGUGAAGAGGGUUCAGGCAGGUGAGAGGUGCUGGAUGUCGAGGUCCAAGUGGACUGGAAACAAACAUGUUCAAACCAUGCAUAACGCUGUGUUCACACCGAACGCAUCACAAAUUUGGUUUGGCCGCAGGAUCCUUUGUGAUUAUUCGCACAAAUAUUUCCCAUUCUUCCACCUCUGAGCAAACAGACAUGGGUAAACAUGAACUGUUGAAUGUAAAAAAGUCAGACAGGAAUGUGGAUGGGAAAGCCACACAAAGCGGUUGUGCUAACUGGGGCUAGAGCUAGUGUCAAACUUCCUUACUUACUUCCUGCCAAGCCCUCCUUCUUCACCCGGUCAUGACACAAAAAGCUUGGGCUGCCCACACACGACGACAACAGUUUUAUCCUCCAUUUCUGAUGCAACUUCAGGACGUCUGACGACGGUGAUGCAGGGAGGAUCUCAAAGCUUAAUGACAACCGCGACAACGCGUCUCACGAAUAUUUUGCUCGAUUUUAAAUAUUUCAACUCGAACGGGUGAAGCGAAUGUUAUGAAUUUCGUGUCUUUCACGUCUACUCGCGUCUUCGUAUUAACUUUGCAUGUAAUCUACUCAGAUGAAUGACUUUCGUCAUGUUCCAAGUGGCAUGAACUUUGAUUAAAGCAUCCUUUAACAA